AUGAUUGGAUCUAGAGUACUACCGCAUAUACGAAUACGGGUGAAGGCGAACAAGAGCUUCGCGUCGCUGCUGUUCAGAGGUUAUAGUUUGCAGUUACGAUCUCAGCUCAUACAACUGCGGUUUGCAACUACCCGACAGAGUCCGACGUCAUCUAUAGUACAGCCAUUUGAGGGUCUGCAUAUUACUAAUAGGUCUAAGCUUACCCAAGAGGACAAAAAGGCGCUUCUGAAGUUUAUAGCAAACCCACUAGAAAAGAUACAAGAGAAGAUCAAAUCCAAGUCAUUCGUAUACCCAUACAACUAUCUAAAUGAGGAGACAGAACAGCAAUUAGACCUAUUUGAAAGCUUUGUGUCCUCGGUUAAUGAGCAAAUAAUGAAAAUUGACGACUUUGAUGACAGCUAUCUCACAUUUACAGAGUUUAUAAAUCCCAAUAGCAGCCUUUUGCCUGUUCUUAUAAAUUCGAUUCAGAACGGUAAAUACCCCAAAGAGAUGCUUGAGAUAUGCAAUCUUCAAGACAAGAAUGAACUAUUGGAACACAUUCUUACUCAUGUUUUAUAUAAGGACUACUUAGAGUACAAGAUAGAAACAACGCCCUACGAAAAAUCAAUGAUUGACUUUUCAAAUCCAGCUCAGUGGUUUCCUGAAGCAAGAAAGAUGAAACGUAAGAUCAUAAUGCACGUGGGUCCUACAAAUUCAGGGAAAACUUACCAUUCAUUGCAAAAACUUUCAAAGGUAAAGACGGGAUAUUACGCAGGCCCGUUGAGGUUGUUGGCGCGUGAAAUUUACGAAAGAUUCAACAACCAAGGUAUUGGAUGCAAUUUAAUCACAGGUGAAGAAGUUAUUCCAUCAAUCGAUGAGUAUGGAAGAGUUAGUGGUUUAGCUUCAGGGACUAUUGAGAUGAUUCCCUUACAUAAAAAAAUGGAUCUUUGCGUUAUCGAUGAAAUACAAAUGAUUGGAGAUGCGCAAAGGGGAUCUGUUUGGACCAAUGCAGUUUUGGGUGUGUUGGCACAUGAAAUUCAUUUGUGUGGGGAAGAGAGUGCGGUUCCAUUAAUUGAGAAAUUAGUUAAAAUCACUGGCGAUGAGUUGGUUGUAAAGAAAUUUGAUCGAUUAGGUAAAUUGACAAUGGAGAAGAAACCAACUAGUUUAAAGACAUUGAAAAAGGGAGAUUGUUUGGUUGUUUUUUCCAAAAGAAAAAUUUUGGAGUACAAAUGCAGUAUAGAACAAGAGACAAAAUUGAAAGUUGGUAUGAUUUAUGGUGCAUUACCGCCCGAAAUAAGAGCCCAAGAAGCUGUUAGAUUCAAUAGUGGCGAAUACGAUGUACUUGUUGCUUCCGAUGCUAUUGGCAUGGGAUUGAACUUGAAAAUUAAUCGUAUUGUCUUUAGUGGGAUAAAUAAAUUCAAUGGAUCUGAAGUUGAGAAUUUGACGACAUCACAAGUGAAGCAGAUUGCUGGGAGAGCGGGUAGGUUCAGUGCAGAGCAUGGCUCAAAGGAAGGACUAGUCACUGCUUUACAACGCUCAAGCUUAUUGUAUAUCAAGGAAUGCCUUGAAACACCAAUUGUGGAACUUGAAAAAGCAUGUCUUUGGCCAACGGGCCUUGUGUGGAAAUACUACAUGACAAAUUAUUCUACUGAAAGCCCCUUAUCUGAGACCCUUUCCCAUUUCAUCAACAGCACUCUAAACUUCAAAUCUGAGUUAUAUUUCUUAGCCGAUUUGGAGGUCAAAACGGGGAUUUUGGAAAUUAUAUCAAAGGACAAGCUAUUAAAAAACAUGACAAUUGAUGAUCAAUUGACACUAAGUGAAACCCCCGUCUCUAUUCAUGGGCCCAUGAAUAGGGAACUAGUCAUCCCUACAGUCAAGAAAUUUUUCAAAAAUAUAGUUGAGAGAGAUUGUAAAACAAUUUUCGAUUUUGGGUUUUUGGAUUUACAUCUCCUAUCAGCAAAGCCUCUACUUAAUAAGAAUAUCAAGAUCUCCUUGGGAAAUGUUGAAAAAUUGGAAAGUAUGCAUAAGUUAACAUUGUUGUUUUUGUGGUUAAGUCAACGAUUCCCCACUUUGUUUAUUGAUAAAAAGUCAGCUAUGGAGUUGAAGGCUCUUGUUGAAAAGAGAAUUACUGAAGAGUUGAAUAAUAUCAGGCGGAUGAAUAAGAUGGGAAGAAGGUGA